GGAAUGGGCGCGAAAGACUGUUCCAGAACUUCAGUAUCACCAUCUCACCUGCCGGAGCGCUGUGGUACAUUUAAAAGGGCGGCUACUCACUUCCCUUUCUACUCAUCUUUACCCAUGAGGUUACCGCUACUACUAACCGUUAUCGGGUUAGCAGUUGGUCAGGAUGAACGAAUCUGUGACAGUCGUGUUAAUGGACUCUACGCAGUAGGACCAUGUUCACCCUAUUACGACCAUUGUUAUAACGGGAUAGCUGCGCGGAAGCCCUGUGGAGACGGUCUGGUCUUCAAUCCAGAUAGUAAAAUGUGCGACUUCGAUGGCAAUGUAAAAGGAUGCGCAAAUCGAAUGAAAAUGUCAUGCAUGAACAAGAAAGACGGGACUUACACAAUCGGAUGCUCAUCCACUUACUUCCAUUGCGUGAAUGGGCAAAUUGUGAACAACCAAGUCGACACGUGCUCAAAUGGACUUUUCUACGACAGCGAACGCAACAUGUGUGAUUAUAAAUGGCGAGUGCGAGCAUGCGGUGGAAAUCCAGAAUUAGAGAGUAAGUCGGUGACAAGUCCUCCGCUUGCAUUAGCGACGCAACAACCAAAGAUAGAACGAACCAUUUACACUGCAAGGAUCAGAGGACGAGGCCAUCAUCACCGACAUUCAAGGCCUUCAACCAGUUGUCACGGUAAGCCUGACGGGCCACACCCAGUGAGCAGCUGCUCCCAGCAGUACAUUACGUGCGCCAACGCUACGUCACAGCUGGCAGAAUGCCCUGACUUCCAAGUCUUCAGCAGUGCAGAGCACAAGUGCGUGCCAAUUGAAACUGUCCAUGAAUGCUCCGGGCCGAGUCCCGCAUCCCAAAUCGACUGUUCUUUUGAAGAAGAUGGAUACUACGAGCUAGGAUGUACAUCAAACUUUGUGUUUUGCAGUGACGGAAAAGCUUCAGCGAUGAAGGCUGCAGUUGUGAUUUUAUUUUUUGCGACCAUGGACAUGCCACUUCUAUGA